UACACGGAUUCUGUACUUGUGCAGGAAAAGCUCCGCUUCCUGAAACCCCUGUUCUCGCUUAUUUCCCACUCUGCUGCUUCAGCUGGUCAAUAGCACAGAGAAAUCCCAGGAUGGAGUAUAGGAUUCUACGGACACUCGCACACACAUUGCUGCUUCUGCUCUGCUCUUGGGUUGCCUGUUCAGUGGCAGUACAGCAGAACCUCACAGAAACUGCUCAUAACGAGACCAUGUCCAAUGCAAUAGUUACAUAUCUUUAUUAUGCACAGAUAUGUUGGUUAAAUUACACCCAGCAGAUGUCCAAAGUAAACUCAGAUAAUUGGUGCGAAUGGCUAUAUAUCAACAGACAUUACAGUGAUUUAAGAAUAUGCCUGGAGACCCUGGCUGAUGUUUUGAGUAUUCCAUUCCCAAAUGAGAUAGCCGAUCACUACAUCAUGACAGGACACAGGACUUACUUUGUAAACUGCACCCUGCAGUCUCAAGAGCUUGCAGACCCUCCAGAACAUAUUCUUCUGGCCUUAAUACUAGCCCCCAUAAGCAUCAUCCCAUUUCUGGUCACUCUCGUGGUUUGCAAAAGUAAAACUACCAAGCCACACACCUAAAGCCAGGCAUGCAAAAUACUGUUGUUUCCUCCCAGAACUGCCUGUAAAUGUGCCAGAAUUUGGCUUGGACGGACCCAAGCUUAUUUUAUGAUCAUGCCGGCCCCUUGCUCUUCAUAUUGAAGUCUGAUUCCUGCUACUUUGUGAUAUGUCCAAUGGCCAUAUUACUGAUAAUCUAUCAUCUGUAAACCUUUUAUAACAUUAUUUCACUGGAUUCAACCAAUGUGAAUUGAAACCAAAGAUACCCACUGGAUUUAUUUUCAGUAUACAUGACCAACGGCUGCUUCUUCAUAAGUCAUUUAGCAACGUUCGUGAAAUUGCCUUCCAGAGAAAACUGGUUAUUCCAGAAAACUGUUGUAGUAUUACAGGAUUGGGAGAUAAAUAUUGCUGAAUCGAUGAUGUGCAAUCUAAUGAGACGUUAAGAGGAUAAUCAACACUCCUAACGGGCAGGCAAGAAACAUGAUUCCGGACACAAACUGUGAUUAAACCAAGAAAUGUGGCAUUUUUUUUAGAGCAUAAUUUAUAAAACGAUUGUCUUUGUAAAGACAGAAUUACCCAUAAAAUGGGGGAAAAUACUUUUGACUUGGCAAACUGGAGAUUGUGUGUGUGUAUGUGCAUCAUCUAUUGUUUUAGUUACCUUUAGCUAAUGAAAUGUUUAAGAAAUAUAUUUUUAUAUAUGUACAUUUCAUACUACUGUCAUUUUCUGAAAAGAAACCUAUAGCGUGGGUAACACCAUAAUCCUUUACCCUUAUUAUAAUAUGAAAAAUGCCUCUACUGGAUGGCCUUCAACUUGUCGAACUACCUAUAUCAUAGCCAAUGGGCAAUACUUCCUAUUCUGUUCUCUCUGAUUAAACAACAAUGCGAGUGUGUUGUGCCACAAAAUCAAAUGAGCACAGGGGAACUAUUAAGUUUGCACUUACUGAUUUCAGAAGGACUUUUUUUUUAGUGGAUACUUAACUAUAAGAAAAGCUUUUUGCAUUUUAACAAAUGACAUGAUUAUUUGUCUGCAAUAAUUGUUCAAUAUUGGUGAAAAUAUACAUAAACCAAAUGUAUGUAACGAAUAUCUAUGAACUUUUGGAUGUUGAAGGUCUAGUUCAGAUUAUUCUAGUUAUUGUGCUUAAAGAGAUAUGAAAAACAUGAUCAGCGAUGGUCAGGAGAAGGCCUGUUAAAAAGCUAUUAAAUAUGUUUGUCCAUGAAA